AUGACUUUGUGCCCACGCCAGGGCCCCGCCGAGCCUGGCCAGGAUGCUCCACGUUGCCGGGCGGGGGGUGCCGGGGACACCAUCAGUCCCUCUGCCAAAGUGAUGGGGUGGGGAUGGGGAGGCGGGAUUUUGUCGGGAGAUCCCCGCUGCCCCCUGGACCUGCCCCAGCCCCGGACCUGCCCGUGGACCACCAAGCCCCCGGGCUACCUGCCACCGUGUAAGCGGCGGACAUGGGAUUGUCCAAAAACCGGGCAAGAAGUUGGCCAUUUCAACCGCAAAGCAACUUAUUACAAGCUUUUGGUACCUGAAGUGGCAAACAUCGUUAGUAUUGUCAAUGUUGGUGAUUUUACAACCACAGUAAGAGAGCCAACUGACCACAAGUCCCUUCAGCUCUCCAUUUUGCUUUCUCGCAGUGACCUGCAGGCUGCGGUCCCAGCAGCCUUGCCUGGCACUGGCCAGCGCCUGGUGGCCUCGCUGGUCGCAUGGCGAACAUGGAAACCUUCACGAAGGGCCUCCUAUGCAAAGUUACACCUGGACGAAUACUUCUGGACAAGUAAGCAGACCCGCCUUAAGAUCCUGGACAAGGGUACUUUGGGGACUGGGGAGCUGGAAGGCCGGGAGCCGUCAGCAGAGGAUCUCUCAGAGGCAGACAGGCGAGCUGGGUGCCUGCGGGGGCUCAGGCGGCUCUCCAGAGUCUCUGAGGGGAAAAAGGAGUUGGGAAAGUCUGACUUGAUAGGCAAGAAGCUGAAUGCUGACGGCACUAUUACUUCCCGGCAGUUAUUUCCUGUGGUGUUCAGUGCACUGCUGUGUCUAACAUCUUUCUUGUUUUCUCUUCAAGGGUGGGGGAGAGCAGCAGCUGCCACGUACCUCGUUGGCUUUGUGAUCCUGGUCAUCUGUUUCGCCCUCGCAGUCAUUGCGUUCUCGAUCGAGAUACUCCGCUUCAACUUUGUGCGAGGAAUUGGAGGCUUGCUCUUUGUUGUUGCUGCAUUCCAGAUCAUAGGCUUGGUCAUCUACCCAGUCAAAUUCGUAGAAGAAAUUCCGCUGCAGGGAGAUAAUAUGUUCAGCUGGGCCUAUGGCUUUGGUUGGGCCAGCACUGUUGUUGUAAUAGGUUGUGCUUUCUUCUUCUGCUGCCUCCCCAACUGGGAAGAUGAAGUCCUGGGAAACAUCAAGCCUACUUAUUACUACUCCUCCCCAGAGAGAGCACCAUACUUAAACUGAAAGAUUAAAUCCACGUACAAUCAACUGCCGAAACAACAGAAGAGCACCUCUGAUGUAAAUUUGGUGUGAUUAUAGGAGUCUGAAAAAAACCACCUUAUUUCUCCAGAGUAUUUCUUACUAGCCCUGGUGAUAAAUUAGUAAAAACAUUGGCAUCUUUAAGCAAAUAGCUUUUACCUAAAGUAUUAUUUACGUAUUCUCAUGUCGAUUCUGUUUGGGUGGUUUACUUGCUCCUUCCCCUCCCAACUAAUUGAGUCAUCCUUAUUUUAUUCAAACAUUUGCUUAUGAAUAAAGAUGUAGUGUUUCAAGUGUAGGGAGAAAGAGGAGAGAUUUUAAACAACCCAUUGGAGGGACCUGCAAGUUAUUUUGGUUUUACCUUUGACAAAAUUGCCUUAAAUGGAACUAGAAAAAAAACCACAACCUUCCAAAGAAUGCUUUAUCUUC